UUCUGAUAAUUAAUUGAUUGCACCUACACAAGUGGGUGCCCCCCUCUUUAACCAUUGUAAAUCCCAACACUGGAUACAGUACGACAUCUGAUAAUCUGAAUGUCUGUCAUAAACCAAUGAUGCCUGAAUCGCAUAGCCAGGCUUGUUAGAAACUUAAAGUAGGACACAGUUACUGAGUGUAUAUUAAAGUGGAAAUAGACACCUUUUCAACUUUUCCCCUCUAGCAUUUCCAAAUGGUAUUAUUGUUGGCGCAGCUGUUGCAAAGACAAACGGAUUGCUUUCUGUUUUCCUCAUAGCCUAGCAACUACCAACAACACGGGACAUAUUGCAUUUGUUUCCAAAUUUCCAUGAAGAAACUAACACCACCACUUUGGAAAUGGCGUGUUUCCACUGCAUGAUUAAACGGAGAGCGCCUCCGAACGUUCCACUGUGUUACGUGCUCCUUGUGCACCACACCGCAAGAUCUACACAACGCAGAAGUACGACGGUUACACUGGUGCCGUGACCCGUUCUUCGGCUUCAUCCAGCGGGGUUCUCCUGUGUCUUUCCCCGCCCGAUCCUCGGGGCUCGCCGCGCCGCUCACCACGGAGGACAGCGGGAACGCGUAUCGGACCUGGACCGCGCAUCGGACCUGGACCGCGCCGCACGGGGCUCCGUGUGGACUCGUCACUGCUUUGGAGUGUGGCGGUGAUCAGUAGUGGUACCGAGUGCUGCUGUGUCUUGUCUGAAAAUGCUGUUGAUGCAGUUGAGGGUGCGGAUGUGGGAAUAUUAAAGGUACUGAUUAUUUUGCUUGAGGGUGUGAGCUUUCUGAAUUAAUAAGCUGUGACUUUGGACAAUUUUAUUUUGGUGUUAUUUUGCCAUAAGCUUUGUUGUUUGUGUUUGUGUUUUUUUCUCUCUGAUUUUAUGCAAUGGAAAAUAUUGUCAUUGAAAAUAUGACAUUUGGUAGAGGGAGGGGUUUUGAGUCUUUUGCCCCUACACCUGCUGUUGGUAAAGGCAGAGGUGUGCUUUCAUUUUCUCCGGAUGCAUCCACACCAAAGUCACUCUAUGAUGGCUUGGCACAAGCUGGCUGUGGUUUCAAUUCUCCACAAUGUGACGUUACGUCUGGUGUACAUGGAAAAGAGGGUGUCAAUGAGAAACUCUUAACUGAUAUAGCUUCACAGAUUGGCGUUUCUAUUGGUGAGAGUAUUGCCACCUGCAUUGAGCAUCGCCUUGGUAAUGCUAUGGGUUCGAGUGUGGUUGGGACAUCUGCUAAUGAUUCUUCAAUGCUAAAUGUCAUUGUGCGCCAAGAUGUGAGGGAACCUGUGAGUUUUAAAGGGGAUGGUACUGACACAUGUUCUGUUCGGGAGUGGGAGGUUAUGAUGCUUUCCUAUAUGAAAAAGAGUUGUAUCCCUGUGUCUGAACAAGCUGAAGAGGUUAUAUUAAAGCUGGUGGGGAGGGCCCGUGAGGUGGUUAAGGUGGGCAUACGCAGUAAGCCAGUUCUGACUUUGACUGACGGCCCUGAGCCCAUUUUUGAGAUACUGAAGCAGCAUUUUAGUGACACUGUGACCUCUAGUUUGCCAUUAGCUGACUUUUAUGCUACUCUACCCCACUCUGGCGAACACCCCUUUGACUACUGGCUGAGACUUAACAAAGCCCUAGAAGUGACUGAGGACUCUUUGAAAAGACAGAAUAAGACUUUUGACUGUCUGUCACGUGACCUAGCCGCCAUGUUUAUACAGAACUGUCCCGACCCUGAACUGUCACUCAUAUUGAGGUGCAAGCCUAUGCAUCAAUGGACAGUUGCUGACAUUCAUGAAAAGCUGGUAGAACGUGCUAAGGACCUCAGACAGACACCCAAGCAGAAAGUGAACACUGUCUUGUUUUCGCAGCACCGAGAGGUUGCUGCCCCUCUGCAUAGUGUGUCUCCGGUUACUGCGAAUGUGGCUGCUGUCGCACCACCCAAUGUACAACCAGCUGAGUGUGCACCAGACCGCCUGGACAAAGUUAUUGCUCUGCUUGAACGUGUCCUGGCGCAACAAGAACAGCAGCCCAGGCUUUUCAGUAAGUACAAUGCCCGCACACAAAACCCCAAAGUCAGAGCCGGUCUGCCCUGUGCUGUGUGCGGAGAUGCUGGACACACUACAGUACACCACUGCAGGUCUGACCAUCUAUGCUUUAGCUGUUACGCUCCUGACCACACCAGAGCUGAGUGUCCCGUUGCCACGGUCAAACCCAGAGCCACUACACAAACAGCACAGCAGCAGGAAAACUAGAUGGCCUGCAUGUGGUAGGGGGAAGUGUUGGGCCUGAGUUUG